GACAGCUAUCCCCACACAGAUUCCUCAGCCGGGCACGAAUUUAAGCGUUUGAUCUGAACUCUGAAGCUGUUUGUUUGGCGUCUCUAAAUGGGCCUAUUGUAUGCAAAUAUGGCGCCCGGAGGCAUAUGACCUCUCCAGUGCAGGGCAGUGGCUAGUGUGAGAGAAAUCAUUAGCAAUGCAAAGUCAUGGUGCGCUGAUACUCUUGUUCACAGUGACGUCCAGAUUGAGGAAAAAAAUCUGGCACUGCAAAUGAUUCUGGAUGUGUUUCACUUUUUCAAACUAAAGCUGAAGGUAAGUCUCAUUUUUGCAACAAUUUGGUGAGAUAAAGAAAAUGGUGAUGUCAGUUUGUCCGUAGGGAUUUCUAAAGGUUCAAAUGAUCUUUUGUUUUUCUGUUUUGUUUUUCUAAACUUGACUGUUAAGAGUUUCUGCAGCAAAGAAUAGACAGCCAGACAAAAAUGUAUCACUGGAGCAAGAAGAUUAACAAAAUCCUACUGCCUUAUCUAGCAGGUAUAAACUUGUUUGCACUCAGUCAGAACUAAACAGAAAGCUGAUCUUCUAGUAGAUUUUGUCAAGUUCAAAUUCUCCGAAUUAUCAUCAGUAUCAGAUUUAGAUGAUUCUAUCUUUAAAGCAGAUCAAAACACUUUUAAUACACACGUUAUUCCCCUGCUGAAACCAGAGCCGUAAUGCAGACUCCGUUAGUUGAGGUGCAGUUGCCCACUUUGCAUGCUCCACCAUGGUGACUGGUGAGGGCAUGUCACAUGACACAUGGUGCCAGACUUCAGUGUUUCACUCUUAAGUGGCCUGCCAGCUGCAGAGGGAGGCAGAGAGGCUCUUCUUCUUCUCUGGAUUCCCAUCCAUGCCAAACCAGCAGGUCAACAUUGUCCUCUCCGCUGCCUCCUAUGCCUCUUACACCUCCAGCUGAGCCGGGUAACAACUCUGACAUUUACACUUGGACGGGAAAUUCAAACAUGCUGGAGACAGAAGAAAACCAGUUACAUUUAGUGCAGGGGAGAUGAAACAUUUUGGAUGUCAAGUCGACCAGAAAUCAAAUCAAGACUUGAUAAAAAAUAAGAAUGAUAAUAAUAUUAAUAAUUAUAUUUUUUUAUGAGAACUUUUACUUUUUUCUUUUACUCUAUCGAGAUAAGCUCACUUGCUUUUAAAAUGGAUUUAGUGUCAAAUUAUAACGCAGCAUACACUCUAUUCAUCUCCCUGCUUAAGGAAAUUGACUCGAUAGAUUUAUUACGAUAUGUUUGUUGUUGUCAGUAAUUUCAUCAUCCUCUGAAACAGUCAGGUAUGAGUGCUUAAAAUAACUGUGAAGGAUAAAAAGGAUUUAAUUUUCAUCACAAAAACCAUCAUCUGUUUGUUACGCAUAGUGAAUAAGAAAACAGUGAUUGAUUUGUGAUAUUGAAAAACAGCAAAAAGGUUUAUUUCAUUUUGUUUAUUCCAAAGGACAGAAGCUAAAAAGAGGGGCGAGGUGAUAAAGAAGAUGCAAACUUCUGCACAUACUCUAACCUGCAGAAAUAAAUUAACGACUAUUAGAAACAUUUUAUCUGAUUGAUGAGGGUCUAGGACUAAAUAUUGCUAUUGAAUAUUUAGUUUUUGAAAAUGUAUGUGGGAAUUUACAUCUUUUUGAUUUUGUUAAAUAGAUCUACUCAGCUAAAUUUAACCAGACUCUAACUAAUCUAAAGGUGAUACCAUAAAAACUACAAACAAAAAAAGAUCAUCAGUCAAGUUUUUUUUUUUUCAGGAGCGCUAUCUCAGCUGUUAACAUUUAGAAAAGAAAUCAGGGUUUGAACAGUUUUGGUUGGGGAUUUUGGGAUUUGAUUCAUGUGAAAUACAGUGACUAGGUUUGUCGGGUGACUCACGGCAGUUUGUCAACUCGACAUGCUCUAGAGGCUUAAAAGAAGAUUUACUGCGGUAACAUUUAAGUUAUUUUAGGGUCUUAUUUAACAGUUUUUGGGGUCAGGAUCUGCUAAGAUCUCUGAGGAUACAGAGCGCUCUGGUUUGAACAAGCAGGUUAUCAUGGAUACCGCACUAAUGAAAGAUUCAAACAAACCUUGAUUUUGCCACAAGGUUUAUAUAAAUUACAGACAUUACUGCUUUUAAGUUUCUUGUCACAAGAAUAAACUAAGUUAGAAAAGUUUCAAGUUAAAUGUUUGUUACUUGUGCAAAAUUCUCAUAUUUAUACUCAGAUUUUCAAUCAAAAUCCUGAAAAUGGUGGCAUUUAUGCCACAUAGUUUUUUUUUGUAACUGCUGCAUGUUGAAUUAUAUUUUCUAAUGAUUUUUGCACAAAUGUUUUCUUUUCUCCUUGAUAUUUUUAUUUGAUUAUUCUUUUAAACUUGAUAUUUUUACACUGAAUUUUGACUGUUUUUAUACCGUAGCACCAUUGGCCCUUGAGUAACAAUUUUAAUCCUCUGUAUGUGUUACAAAUAUUGCAGAAUUGACGAUAAAGCUACCUUAAACCAACAAAAUAAAAAAAAAAAACUAAAAUAAUGCUCAGUGAUGUUGACCCUCUGAUACUGUUUUUGCAUUUUCUCCAUCAGACCCGGAACCAAAGAUGAACUGGGCGUCCUUUUAUGCUGUCAUCAGCGGUGUGAACAGACACUCCACAGGUAUCGGUCGUAUCUGGCUCUCUGUCCUCUUCAUUUUCCGGAUCUUGGUUCUGGUGGUGGCAGCUGAGAGUGUGUGGGGCGAUGAGAAGUCCGGCUUCACCUGCAACACCCAGCAGCCAGGCUGCAACAGCGUCUGCUACGACCACUUUUUCCCCAUUUCCCACAUCCGCCUGUGGGCCCUCCAGCUCAUUCUGGUCUCCACUCCAGCCCUGCUGGUGGCCAUGCAUGUGGCCCAUCGCCGCCAUGUCGACAAGAGGCUGUACAAACUGUCAGGGCGGACCAACCCCAAAGACCUGGAACAGAUAAAGACCCAGAAGAUGAAAAUCACAGGUGCUCUGUGGUGGACGUACGUCAUUAGUCUGUUGUUCCGUCUGGUCUUUGAGGUCACCUUCAUGUAUUUGUUUUACAUGAUCUAUCCCGGGUACAAGAUGAUCCGGCUGGUGAAGUGUGACUCAUACCCCUGUCCAAACACGGUGGACUGCUUUGUGUCAAGGCCAACAGAGAAGACGGUCUUCACUGUGUUCAUGCUGGCUGUAUCAGGGGUCUGUAUUCUGCUUAAUAUUGCAGAGGUGGUCUUCUUGGUGGGGAAAGCCUGCAGCAAGCAUUUGAACAAUGCUGGAGACUCGACUAUGGGGGCUUGGAUCCAACAAAAGCUCUGUUCCUUCUAACAAAAAACACACAAAAAUAAAAAUGAUCUUUGAUCCAGAAAAUAAUAAUUCAGUGUCAUGAGGAUAAGGCAGUGGUUGAUGAUCAGAUUACGCCCAUGUGAGAGGAACAAUAUAUUUCCCACCCAUGUGUAAUACACAAAGUGUUCACAACCGACUGAUGAAAUGAUUUGAAGAAUCGCCAAGAGGGAAAAGGACAAAAGCAUCGCUUUGUACUGACAUGUUAAAACUGCUUCAUGUAAGACUGAUAUAAGACCACAUAAGACUCAUCUCAGAUAACUACAAAACAGUGUGGGAGACAAAAAUGACUGGUGCUUGAAAUCUUCUUUUUGGAAAGUUGUAUCCUGAAAUCUCAUGUUAAUUCAUAAUAACAGCUGCUUGGGAGGAGAAAAUUUAAGUUAUAGGUCUAUUUAGAAAACGUUUCACCAAAAUAAUUGCAAACAUGGCUGUUUUUGGCUUCUGUGAAAAGAUUUUUAAAAAAGUUUUUGGCCUUGAAACAGAAACAUGAAAGCUCCUGUGAGGAACUUUUGGUUUGUUCCAAUUUUUGCUCCCCCAGUGGACAGCAAACUUUACUAAUCUUGUCCUCUACAUAUUUAGCUAAUGUUUUCUACCAAAAAUCUCGUUCUGUGGACUUCAUUUAUUUAUUUAUUUUAACUAAAAUAUUUUAGGGGGCGAAUUGUAAAAAUACACCUACACCUACCCCCUCCCACUGGUUUCAGGCAUUAAAGAUUAUGAUUCAAAAUCAUAAAUCUUGUCACUGAUGGGCUUGUCUGUUUUUGUAGGUCAGAAAAUGGCAUCCAUGUGAAAUCCAGUGAAUUUUACUAAUGUCAAAAAACUCCUCAUAGGAGCUUUAAAUGUUGAAAGGCAUUCCAAAAUCACAAGAUCAUCCCAUUAAAGUGUGCUUUUAAUAAUACAGUGUAUUGAUCAUUGGGAGAUUAAAAUUCAUAACAGUCUAUCGUAUUCGUCAAAUAUGAUGCCAAAUGCCAUGGAUCUGCCUAAAUCACCUCAAACUGGGUUUAAUAGACCUCCAGUUGAUGUUAUCAAAAUGUUCAACUAAAACAUGUUGUAUAUUUUUGUGUUAAAUGAUGCCACUUUUUUGUUUUGCUGGUUACAUAAAUGGUGCCUUCAGAUUUAAAAAGUUACAACUUACAAGAAACUUGAAUUAUAUUUUUCCUCAACAAAUUCUCACUCAUGCUAAACACCACAUGUAAAUUAGUUAAUUUUGCUGGAUGUCUGUACACAGUAGAAUAAAACCAACCAGACUUUGUGUUUUGUGCAUUUUUUACAAGCUUUCCAAAGAAAAAGAUCUAUUUGCA